UUUCACUGUUUACAGGGUGUAUACAAAUUUGAGUACUCCUUGCAAAAUGGAAUGUAAGUGGCAUGAAGACAUGGAAUUAAACACGCUGAUACAGAAAAAAAACAUGUGACGGCACACGAGACUCCGGCGCGUGGAAAAAGCAAGUUCACUGACGAUCCCAAAUACCCGAAGAUCGACCAACUGCAGCCGGUUUGGCUUUGAUGGCUUUGGAGUGUUGGCUCAGAAGUGGUUAAGCCUACACUCAAAUUGCGGGUUGACAGCAUUUUCCGGCAGACAGCGGGCGGCCGGGCGAGCGAGCGCGGGAGUGCGGGAGUGAGCGAGAGGCAAAUCAAUUAACAUGCUGUGAGCCAAGGAGGCUGGAUGCAGGUGGCAUGAAGUGUGCGUGUUCUAUGCGUCUAUGUAAAUAGAAAGAGAAAAGGUGUCCAUAAAUCUCACAAGUAUUUAACGGCAAUAAACUCGACGUGUAUGUGUGUGAGUGCGUGUGUACCUGUGAUAGGGCUCUCGACUGUUUUGCCCCUUUUAGGGUUUGUUAACACUAGCCAGGCCAACAUGGGCCCUACCUGCGGCUGCAGCUCAGUGUUGCAGCAUCGCCUGAGUAGCUAAGACGAGAUUUUCAUUUUGCUUUUCGAGCUCUUCAAAUGUUUCGUGUCAGCAUUGUCCUGUUGGCUGUGGGCCUAGUCCUAGUCCUGGCCAAUGCGAGUGCCCAACAGUUGCGCAUUAAGCAGCUGCACACGCUGCACAGGUGGAGCAAUCUGAGCCUGGGACCGGAUGAGGCCAGCAAUAGCCAUUUCCUGCCCGUCGAUCUGGACAUUGAGUACGGCGACGAGGGGCGUCAUCGCACAUUUCUGACCAUACCACGCCUGAGCACGGGCACGCCAUUUACGCUGGCCACCGUAGCAGCGGCUGAUAAUAAAGUGGUUGAGAAUCCCCGCCUGGAGCCCUAUCCCAGCCUGGAAUGGCAUCAGUCAGCUAACAACUGUUCGGGCAUCACUUCGGCCAUCAGGACUUUUAUUGAUGAGUGCUGGCGUCUUUGGGUUGUGGAUUCGGGUCAAGUGAACUCCUUGCAGUUGUGUGCUCCACAAGUCUUGAUAUUCGAUCUGGUCAAAGAUGUCCUCGUGCAGCGUACCAUGCUGGCCCCGCACAUGUACACGCCCAGUGUAUCGAUUUUUACAGCGAUGGUCGUGGAUCUGGAUGAGAGCAAAUGCUUGGGUGGCAGGGCUUACAUAGCGGAUGCCUGGGGCUAUGGCCUGAUUGUCUUUGAUGCGCUCACCGACAAAUCCUGGCGCAUCGAGCACGAGUCCAUGCAGCCGUCCUUGGGAGUGCGUCGCUUUGGCAACGCCCAUGCUGGCAUUUUCACAGUGAGCUUGAGUCCGCGUCAGGCAGCAGAGCGCUUUUUGUACUUCCACACGCUGAAUAGCUUCUAUGAGAUAGCCCUUCCCUUGCACGUGGUCAACAACGAGAGCAUCUGGCAGCAGCAGACUUCGAGCAAGGCGAUCAGCAAACAUUUUCGCAUCCUGGGCACGCGUGGCACCCAGUGCGAAUCGGAGGUCAUGGACAAUGGCGGUAAUCUCUACUGCAGCCUCAUCAGUCUGGGUGCUCUGAUCAGUUGGAACGAGCAUUCCAAUUACACUGCAGACGAUAUACGCGCGGUGGCCUACAAUCCGCAGCAGCUUAAAUUUGUAACUGGCCUGAAAAUCAAUCUGAACUCAAGGGGAGAGAAUGAACUAUGGGCGCUGAGUAGUGAACCGAAUCUCUUUGUGGGCGGCACCUUGAAAGAAAACGAGAUUAAGUUUCAAAUUGUUGGCUGUCGUACAGCUGAUUUGCUGGCAAAUAAACCAUGCACAGUGGGCGCUGCGCAGUCUUAA